AUGGAUGAACUUUUGAACGUUUUAGAAGAUACCGCUGCGCUCUUAAACAAAACUCAAAUUAAUUUGAAGAAAUGUCCAAAAGCUAGAUUGACAAGAGCUACGAGCUCCUGGGAUCCUAUAAUUGUAUUCCUUGUGAUACAGAAGUUAGACCCGGAGUCUCACAAAGAAUGGGAGCAGACAGCUUAUUCAAAAUCAGAGGACGAACUACCAACUUGGGAGAAUUUCAAAGAUUUCCUGCAGUCAAGAUACCGUACCUUAGAACUUGUAUUGUCCGUGUCAGGGACUUGUAGCAGCCGUGACAAACCUGUAAGAGAACGUUCACACUUAGUAACUGCCACAGCCACCACGUCACAGCCAAAUGAAAGAACUUGCGUGCUCUGUAAAGAAAAACAUACAUUAUGUCAUUGUAAGAAUUUUACCAAACUGCAACCUAAAGAAAGAUCUGAUUAUGUCAAGACUAACAAUCUGUGUUUUAACUGUUUGGUGCCUGGGCAUUCUGCUUACCAGUGUAAGUUACAAAUGUCCUGUCGCUUAUGUAGAAGACGGCAUCAUACUCUUCUCCACCGCCAUCAAGACUCGGCACAAACUGAGGAAAGGAAUCAACCGAGUGCAUCUCACCACGGGGUAGAAGAGAAAGAAGAGGUUAUAAAUAGCAUGGUGGCGUCACAUCACAGUACUAAACAAAGCACAGCACUACUAGCCACAGCGAUGGUUUUAACGAGGAACGAGCAUAACCAAACCGUUGUUCUUCGUGCGCUAGUAGACCAAGGUUCGCAGGCUUCAUUUUUAAGCGAGAAGGCGGCUCAAAUGCUCAAACUUACCAGGCAAUCAGCGAGAGGAAGUAUUAUCGGGGUGGGAUCUACUAGGACUAAUGUUGAUCACGUGGUUCAACUUAAGAUUGGCUCCCGCUGGAAUCCAAGCUUCGAAAUCAACAUACAAGCAUAUGUUAUGAGUAAACAGUUGACCACGAAGAUCCCCUCCAAAGCUGUAACUGUCACACAUUGGCCACAUCUAGAAGGACUCAACCUGGCAGAUCCAGACUACUUCAAACCAGGUUCUAUAGACUUACUUCUUGGUGUUAAAGAGUAUGCACAGAUUGUGCAACCAACACUUAUUAAGGGCCCUCCAGGUUCUCCAUGUGCCCAAGAAACCAACCUGGGGUGGAUCCUCUUCGGAGAAAUCGAUAAUAACAGUGAAAAUGAAUCAUUUCUGGUCCUUCAUCAUCAAGUCCAUAUAGAUCAUAUGUUGAAAUCCCUCUGGGAAAUUGACAAUGAUAAAAAGAGAAUAUUAACAAAGGAAGAAAAGCUAUGUGAAACAAUAUAUGAAGGCACACAUACGAGAAAUAGUGAAGGAAGAUAUCUAGUAAGGCUGCCAUUUAAUACAAAGAAUCCAAUUUCGAUUGAUGGAAAUACGAAAGAAAUAGCUAGAAAGAGGUUACUUCAGCUAGAAAGAAGAUUUAAGAAAGAAACUAAACUGAAAGAAGAUUAUACAAAGGUCAUGCAAGAAUACAUAAAAGCUAACUACAUGGAAGAAAUACCUAAGAAUGAAAUAAAUGAGAGAAAAUCAGUAUACUUACCUCAUCACGCCGUGGUACACGCAGACAGAGAAACUUCUAAGACACGCGUAGUAUUUGAUGCUUCAGCGAAGGGCUCUAACUGCGUUUCUCUAAACGAUGAAUUGCUUGUAGGUCCGCAACUGCAAGAGGACUUAAGGAACAUACUUAUGAGAUCGAGAUUACAUCGUGUUUGCUAUGCAAGUGAUAUACAAAAGAUGUACCUGCAAAUAUUACUUUAUGAAGAAGACGCCGAUCGAUAUCAACGCCUUUUGUGGAGAGAGAAUGAUACAGACCCGAUUAAAGAAUAUCGUAUGCUUCGUGUUACAUUUGGUACAGCGGCGGCUCCUCACCUGGCUGUAAGAACGCUUCAUCAGGUGGCGGACGAUGAGGGUCGAAAUCAUCCAAUGGCUGUUCGAAUUAUUAAAGAAGAUUUUUACAUGGACGAUCUAAUGUCGGGGGACAGCAGUGCUCCUGAAGCCAUAAAGAGAGCACAAGAAAUAGAUAAUAUUCUACAGAAAGGUGGAUUUGUAUUAUCAAAAUGGUCAUCCAAUUCUGCUGAAUUUUUGAAAUCUAUAGAACCAAACAAACGUACAUCUCGAGCACAGUUGGAUUUUAAAUUGGAUGGAAAAGUACAAGCCCUAGGUUUGAUAUGGAACCUGGGCACGGAUCAAUUUCAAUACAAGGUUAACUUACCAGCAAGGUCAAGCAGUAUUACUAAGAGAGGCAUACUAUCUGAUAUUCAAAGACUUUUUGACCCACUGGGAUGGAUCGCCCCUAGCUUAAUUUUGGCUAAAAUACUCAUACAAAGGCUAUGGUUAGAACCGAUUGGCUGGGAUGAUAAGAUUAACCAAUCGCUGUUACACGAUUGGCUGACAAUUAGAGAAGACUUUGAACAUGUAAAAGAGAUAGGUAUUCCAAGAUGGCUAAACACAGUAAGCACACAGAUGGAAAACAUCGAGGUUCAUGGUUUCAGCGAUGCUUCCAUGAAAGCCUAUGCUGCGGUAGCUUACAUUCGUGUGAAGAGGGAAGAUGGUUCAGUAUUCACCAAUCUAUUAGCUGCCCGUACUAGAGUGGCACCACUCCGUACCGUGUCUCUACCACGCCUGGAGUUAUGUGGGGCGCUGUUAUUAGCAAGGCUACUUAAGCAAAUAGAAAAUGCAAUGCGUAUACCUACUUCUAACAUCUAUGCAUGGACAGAUUCAUCAAUUGUUCUUGCAUGGCUAUCUGGUGAUCCUCAUAGAUGGAAGACAUUCGUGGCAAACCGGGUCGUAGAAAUUGUAGAGAAUGUAAACACACAUCGAUGGUUCCAUGUAGCUUCGGAAGAGAAUCCUGCAGACAUCGGGUCGCGAGGCAUGCUGCUGGCGGACUUGAAACAGAAAGAGUUGUGGUGGACAGGGCCCAAGUGGUUAUGCAAAAAAGAAAUAUUAUACAGGCCGUUUCACAUCUUGAUGUCACGGUUCAGAGGAUGUAAGACAGUCAAGGCCUACGUAUGUAUUUUCAUCUGUAUGGCUACUAAGGCGAUCCACAUUGAACUAGUUAGUGAUCAAACUUCAGAAGCCUUCAUCGGAGCUUUUAAGCGUUUUGUGUCCAGAAGAGGCAAAUGCUGUCACCUCUGGAGUGACCAAGGUCGAAAUUUUAUAGGAGCUGAUAAGGAACUGCAAGAUGCCUGGAACGAGGCUCAAUUACAGUUCCCCGGAAACAUAGCAGAAAAGCUUGCUGCAGAAGGUACCCAAUGGCAUUUUAUUCCAGCCUACAGUCCUACGUUUGGCGGAUUAUGGGAAGCGGGAGUUAAGUCUAUAAAAUUUCAUUUAAAAAGGAUCCUUAAAACUCACCUUACAUUUGAAGAAAUGAGCACCAUUCUCUGCCAAGUGGAAGCUUGUUUAAAUUCGAGACCGUUAUGUCCGCUGGAUGACACAGAUAUAGAAAAUUUAAACCCAUUGACACCCGGGCAUUUCCUAAUUGGAGAAGCUCCUAUCGUCGUACCAUCGCCUAACAUGAAGGAGGUUCGGGUACAUCAUUUAUCUAGAUGGCAACAUACACAAAAGCUGGUAAAUGAUUUUUGGCGGCGAUGGCAGGACGAGUACUUAUCCAGACUGCAGCAGCGUCCUAAGUGGCUAAGAAGAGAGGAAGAAUUUAAAAUUGGAGAUAUAGUCUUGAUAAAAACAGAUUACUUGCCGCCUGGAAAAUGGUCUUUGGGAAGAAUAGUCGAGAAGCACCCAGGUCCUGAUAAUCUCACGAGAGUUUACAGUGUGAAAAGUGGCAGUGCUGUGACAAAAAGAUCAAUAGCAAAAUUAUGUCGUUUGCCGGUGGAUUCCACUCGGUGA